CUGCCUGUCUAUCUGUCCUCCCUCCCUCCUCUUUUGCUUCUGAACCUCAGUUUCCCCAUCCAUCAAAUGAGGGGGUUGGACUAGAGGAGCUCUAAGGUCCCUUCAGCUGUGCCGCCCGUGCCGUGUAGUCAGGAGACGUGAUCUAGGGAUCUGGUUCCAGCUCUGUAACUGACUAGCUGUGUGACUCCUGGCCAAUUUCUUUCCCCCUCUCAACCUGAGCGUUGUCUGUCAAAUAAGGGGUUGGACGAGAAGCGCUCCAAGUCUCUUGCAGCUUCAAAUGCUGGGACCUUAAAUGCUGCUGAGAAAGAAGUUGUGAGGUUGGGAUUCGUCCCUUCCUUCGUUCUUUCCUUCCUCCCAGUCUUGUCAGUAGCUCAGGGUUGGUGUAGGAAAGGGCUAGCUGAGUGAGUCUCUGCUGCCUACAGAACUACCCGAACCCUAGAGCCACGCAGUCUUUGUACGGGUGAUUUGGGGGUGGGCAGACCAGGGAUGGAGGAAGAUGGUCCAGAUGACCCAAGAAGACCCGAUCCAGGUCUGGAUCCGCUGAUUCCCCAGGAGCCUUGCCGGCCCCGGCUUCCACGCUCCCCUGAGGCCAGUCCGCAGGUACCAGUGACCAAGAUGGUGGCCAAACAGCCUCCGCCUCUCAUGAAGAAGCACAGCCAGACAGACCUGGUGAGUCGCCUGAAGACCCGAAAGAUCCUUGGAGUGGGAGGAGAGGACGAUGAUGGAGAAGUGCACCGCUCCAAGAUCAGCCAAGUGCUGGGAAAUGAAAUCAAGUUUGCUGUGCGGGAGCCUUUGGGGCUCAGGGUCUGGCAGUUCGUCUCAGCUGUUCUCUUUUCUGGAGUGGCCAUCAUGGCUCUUGCCUUUCCUGACCAGCUGUUUGAUGCUGUCUUUGAUGGGGCUGAGGUGAACAGCAAAACUCCAAUCCGACUCUAUGGAGGAGCGCUCCUCAGUAUCUCUCUCAUCAUGUGGAAUGCCCUCUACACGGCUGAGAAGGUUAUUAUCCGCUGGACCCUGCUGACGGAAGCCUGCUAUUUUGGGGUGCAGUUCUUAGUCACCACUGCUACCCUGGCAGAAAACGGGCACAUCUCACCAGGGGCCCUGUUCCUCCUUGCCAGCCGCCUCCUCUUCAUCCUCGUCAGCAUUUACUACUAUUACCAAGUGGGCCGGAGAACCAAGAAGGCCUAGUAGCCCCGCCCCUCCCUGGGCGGAAGAUGUCAGGGGUGGGGGUGGCCUGUCUGGACUUCCCUGGGCCAGGGUGACAUUUGGGGGGUUUUUUUUUUGGUCUGUCCUUUUUUGUCUACUAGAGGGGGUGACCCUCUCCCCAUCCCCAGACCUUGAUUGCUCUGUUCCUGGCCCAGACAAGGAAGUGGUUCCCCUUCCUUGGCUCAGUGAUUCCAGAUGGAGAGUUUUCAUGUCCUAACCAGGCCCUGGCCCUAGGAUUGGAGCCAACCUUAAUCCUGACACCCAGGGCCAACGUGUAGCCACUGGCUUACCUCCUGAGAAAUCUCCCUGGGCCAUGCCCAGGUCCCUGAGACUUCCCAAGUUAGGGAUGGCAGCUGGUCUAGGCUUUGAGUCUCAGAAGGAAGCAGUGAUACUGUGGAAAGAACAUCAUAUUUGGUGGUAGAAGACUCCAGAGGUCAAAUCCUUGUCCCCUUCCUUGCCAACUUUUUGACCUUGGCCAAAUCACUUAACAACCUGAGACUCAGUUUUCUCAUCUAUAAAAUGAGGAGAUCGUUCUAGGUGAUCUCUAAGGUCUCUUUCCAGCUCCAAAUUCUAUAACCCAUGAGAAGAAAGAAGGGCCCUGGAGAUAAACAAAAGCAUCUCUUCUCUUUCUACUGGGACAGACUGGAUGUGACCUUUGUAGAGUCAGAAUGAAAGGUCCACCUUCACCCCUUGGGAAUCCCUAACCUUUGAGCUUCUGCUGGUCAGUGCUGCUGAAGCCCUGGAUCUCAGGGUCAGAAAGGACAUCAGAACUUAUCCAUUCCAAGAGACAGAAGGGCUUGAGACCAGGGCAUGGAGGAGGGAGCAGCCCCAUAGAAACGGGGUCACCAGAGACCAGGUUCAUUUGGCUGCUCCCACAUCCUUUGGAAGGAGGGAUUUUCAGGGACCCAAAUCCUGCCCCAGGGCUGUCCUGCCAAAGUCUGGAAGCCUGAGUUCAGAUCCAAGGUUUUCUCCUUGUCCUUUCCUAGCUGACUGUUCCAGGCAUUCAGAUGCAAUCUGCCCACACUGCCCUUGGUCUUUCCAGACAGCUCUGUAUUAGAACUUUUGGUUAGAGACUCCUUUUGCUCAUGAACUGUCCCAGUGCCCACCCCCACCCCUCUAAAACUGAGCCAAAUUAGGCUCCAAACUCACCCUGGACUGGCUUCUCAGGAUCAGUGGCUUUGCUGUUGUCACCCUAUGGGCAUGGCUUUGUAGGUGGGUCCCUGGACUGGACUGUCCAUUACUACUGGGACCCCAGCUAGAUGAAGCCAUAACAGACAGGAGUAGGGAAUUAUAUUAGUAGGAAAUAUCACUUUUGGAGGGUUGUCUCCUUUGCUGAACAAGGGUAUUUUAAGCAGUGGGUGAAAGAUGGGAAAAGAGAUGUUACUCUAUUUUCUCUCUGUCCCUCCCCCAUCUGAGAGCCCCUAGGUUUUCACCUGGAUCUCCCAAAGCUGCUCGAGGAUGAAUUAAACCGUGAUGGGGAGGAGACAAUAUACCCUCUGGGAUUGAACUUUAGCAAUGGUCCCUCCAGGCAGGAGACUGCCACAUGAGCAUUGGACCCAAGGGCUCCCCUCAGCCCCCAAUCCCUGCCAAUCUGUAGACCACCUCUUCCUUUCCCCUCCCUCACCCCACCUUCCUCAGCUUCCCUCACCCUUUCCAUUCUCUGGAUAGGGGCACUGGUGGACUCCAUCCCCACCUCCACUUGUCACUGACAGGUUCCCUGAGUCAGAAACCAUUUUGUAAAUAGUAGAAUUAGGAUGUGCAAAAAAAAAGAAGAGAACCCCAUCAUUUCUGCAAAUCGCAACCCUCUGCCGUGUUUGCCUCUUGUGAGAGCCCCCUCUCCCAUUGGCUCAGCUCUAACCCAGUGAGCAGGAAAGCCUGGCUGCUUGCCUUCCCUCUCUUUCCUACUUUUCUAGCCUCUUUUCUCAUUUUGUUGUUGUUUUUCAUGCUUCAAAUGGUGCCUUUAGAGCAGGAAAAUUCAGAAAACUCAUGUUCUAUUCCAGAAGGACUCAAAUGUCUCGUGUGUAUCUUUGUCUCCCCCUCCCCCUUUGGGUGUUGCAAGACUUUGUCCUCUGAACCUGAUACCUCAGUAGCAGAAAUAAACAAAAUGCAUUUGGUCAAAA